AUGGGAAACAGAAGAAGAGGAAGAGAGUGAGUGAAACUAGCUGAAGUGACUCCAGCCUUGUCCGAGUUUCACUAACAUAGCUGCAGAUUGCUGCCAAGGAUCUAAGCAUCACUCCAGGAAUCUUACCAAGCGUUUGCAAACUAUUCCACAAGGAUCAGUCAUCAUGAAAAUUGCAGUGCUUAUCUUGUGUCUUUUCACCAUUGCCUUUGCCUUACCAAUCAGCAAAUCGAGACAUCAUGACGAUUCUAUGAGUGCAGAAAGAAAACAUGACUCCAGAGAAAAUGAAGCUUACGCACACCACCAUCACCACCACAAUUCACACAGCCAUGAACACAGUCAAGAGCAUGGAAAUAGCCAUGAACACAGUCAAGAGCGUGAAAAUAGCCAUGAACAUAGUCAAGAGUCUCCAGAACAUACAUCUUCUCAACUGAACUCUCAGUCUUUGGAAGAUCGUGAUGAGAUCACUGAGCAACAGACCCUUUUGGCCUCUUCCAGCAAAAGUCAUGAAGACGAUGAUGAUCAUAGUGAUGUUUCCAAAGACGAUGAUCAUCCAGAUUCAGAUGAAUCCGAUGAGUCUCAUGAAACCACCACUGACAUUCCCACCUCAGCUCCUAUCACUGAUUCCAACAGAGGAGACGUCCCAUUUUAUAAGUUCGGGGCAGAAAUUGCCCAGAUGAGUUUGGAGAGGUCUGGAAAGGUAAACGCCAGUUGAUGGCUUUCUUUUAUU